AAUCCAAUAUUACAUGGCAAUAAAAUGGACACACAUUCAAUUCAAACAUCGAUGAAGGUUGACUUGAGCCAUCCCUGAUCACUCUGUUUUCUUUACACGUAAACGAAGUCGUUUUGGCACUGUGAGGAGAAAAACGAAAAAAAAAAAAUGCAUUCGUAAUUUUCAAACAACAAAGCCGACGUUUCAGUGAGAUUCGGAUGAAGGAAUUCUUAUAAAACAAGAAGAAGAUCAAUUUUCAAUUCCUCCUAAUAAGCUCGUAAAAGCGAAGCCAGCCGAUGACGACGACGACGAAGAAGCCAGCCGAGGAAGCGACCGAAAUCCGGGGGUGCGAGCGGCUGCAGCGGGCGCUGAUAGAGUGCCACCGGCGUAUGCCGGUGGGUCCGGCUCGGGAGUCGGCUUGUAGGCAUCUGAAUCGAGCCACGGCGCAGUGUUUGGUGUCGGUGGCGUGCCCGGAAGAAUGUGAGGCGGUUCGGAGCCUGUGUUCGAGUUCGGGUACGGCACUCAAACGGUCUCAGUGCCAAGCAGCCCAAGUUUCACUCUCCGUCUGUCUCUCUUCCUGUCAACUUAGCAAUCCCUCCCUCUAAUUCCACGUAAUUUAUUUACCAAAUUUUAUGAAACUAUUAUAUGUAUUUUUAUAGAGAAAUUAAGAAUAGCAAUGCGUGGUUUAUUAUAUUUUUUAUAUUUAUAUUUAUUAUUGUUUCUUUUUUUA